AUGGCUCCUUACCAAAUAGUGCUGGGAAACGACUGGAGCUACGACUGUAAUGAGACAGGUCAUGAGGGUCAGCACGAGUCGUCCUACACGGCUCAGAUGGCUCCUGGCAACGAUGGCAUUAUUGUCUUCACUAAGACUAGACGGACUCAUCCAAUACCAUACGGCAAAUCCAAACACCAAAAGGAGAUUCACUAUCACCCAGCUAUGCAGCUCCCAUCCAUGGUCAAGAUACUGGACCACUUUGAUGCUCCGAAAGAAUCAGCACCUGGAUUUCAGCAUCAACAUCAUUGGGAUGAACAAGCAGGAGAUGAUAUUGAGUUUCCUGAGAUGCAGACUGUUUCUGAAGGACAGCUGACCUUUGUUGGAGAGUCAUACUACCAAUCACCUACUCGACCACCUGAUGACGAGGAUAUUGUCACUGACUCCAUUCACCUCAGGAAGCCGCAAGAUGACCAUCUGAACUUUGAUAUGACAUCCUUGAAGGACGAGAUUGCUGGCAACUUGACAUGCAUGAGGACAGCACCUAUGAAAGGAUCCCAUGAACAGACCCAUUGUUACCAGAAGCUAGUUCAAACUUUACACUCGGUGCCUGACGCUCAGAAACUGGCAGAGAUUGUGUCUCCAAUGUACAAGCUGCCACUGUCCAGACGUAUCCGUGACAAGCAGGACAGGUUGAACAUGCUGGAUGCAGUUGCCGAGAUACACAGUGAUGCCUCCCAGUCGCUCCUUACUGAUCUCAUCCUCCUGUCUCCAAAACCAAACAAGGAGCUGGUAGAGAGACUACUCAUUGCCUCUGCUGGCUUCACACACACUAUAUCAGAGCAUUACCUAGAGACUGUAGAAGACAUCGCCUUCCAACCUCACAAAUUCCCUGAAUCCUUAAAAGACCCUGAGAUACAGAGGGUUGCUGUGCUGGCACUUGGUGCCAUGGCUGGUCACCGAUGGAAGGCUGGAUACAAGUCUCAAGCACAAUUCAUUGUCCGCAAGAUUGAGGAUAAACUUGGUGUGCACGAUCCCUGGGCCUAUGAGAAGACCUUGACCUCUCUGACUGAGGAUGAACAAGAGGAGUUUCACCAUGACACGGUGGCAUUGAUUGAAGCUCUGGGCAAUGCUGGGCUGCAUCGCUCCUUCCCCCACAUCCAGAGCUAUACCAACCACAGCGCUACUCAUCCACUGCUGAAAAGGGCUGGCUUACACUCCAUGAGAGACUACCAUCAUGAUACGGCAGCAGGGAUUCUGCUGAAGUCGGCCUUAGAUGAAGAUGAGAAUGAGCAUGUCAGAUAUGAGGCAUCCUUGCUUUACAAGAAUCACCCGAUGGGCGGUGACCAAAAUAUCUCCAAGUUUGUCACCCCAGAAGAAUAUUCUGCCGCCAAUUCUUCCCAAGACGUAGCAAUCACUGCAGUGAGUGUGCCCUCUAGACAUCGCGUGAGACGAGGAUUCUGGGAUGGAUUGAAAUUCAAGUUGGCUAGUCCCUCAAUCCACUGGAAAAAGCUCAUCGGCAGCUCAGCGACUGGGGCUGAGUUUGGCUUGACCAUUAGAAAUGAACUUAACAUGAACAUUGCUCCACUGAGUGGUCACCUGCGUGUGGAUCUAUUAGAUGAGGCUUAUGCCAGAGUCGUGGUUGGGCUUGUUGGGUUUUCAUUGGACCUUGCCCCCCGAUUCUGCUUCAAUGGCUUCAUUGAUUAUAACCUCAACAUACUACAGGAGUUUGGCGUGGAGCGCAUCAGUGACUUUGUCAAAGCAUACGAUCUCAUCAUUGGACAAGUAGUUGGAAACAUUCGUAGGGCAGUGGACAUUGUCGUUGGUCUCUUCAACGGUGACAUUAGCAUCUCUCAGCUAUUUGACGACUUUGUCCAAGCUCUGGAGAACAUUCCAAGUAACAUUACGAAUGUGAGAUAUGUGGCUACAGAGGCUAUGUCCAGACUAUCCCAGUUUGAUCCUGAUCAGCUACCUCGGUCCUUCAGGGGUGUCAUUGAUGUGGUCAACAAGGCUACUCAGUUAUUCAGUGAUAUCAAGACAGACGUCAUGGAAUUCUACCAGAGCGUCAAUGAAGCCAUCACAGUCACCUUGCCCUGGGCAGCAGAGCAGAUCUGGAAGUCUAUUAUUGCAAUUGCAGAUUCUAUUGUUGAUCUACUCAAGUCACCACUGAAAGCCAUCGGAGACAUAUUUAAAGGAGUCCUCAACAUCAAGACUGCAGUUACUGAGAUCACAAACGCCAAGAAAGAGGUGGAAAAAGCCAACUUUUUCAAGGAAGGUCAGAGACCCUACUGGUUUGAUCUGCCCAAGGUCAUCGGUGAUAUGCUGAACGAAUUAAGGGAGCAUCUUGGCAACAUCAGACGAGAUCUUAGUGUUUGGGUGGAUGAGAUUGUGGGUUCCUCAGAUCCCGUCAAGAAGCUGACAGGGGGAGCAGUGGAUUCGCGCACAUUGAGGAGGCGAGUCAAGGAUGAGAUUGAGUCCAUCUUCCAAGAUUUGAUGGAACCCAUACAGCCCAUCGUGAAUCUCCUACAACCAUUCUUUGAGCUGUACGACCUUGUGUUCAGCACUGUUGAUGAUGUCAAAGAAGCCUAUCAGACACUGAAGGAAGGAUACCAAAAGUCUCAAGCUCUUGUCAUGAAACUGUUUGGGCCUAAGGCCCACGAGAGAUUUCCUAGGAAAUACCGAGAGCCUGGCUCAGGAGAGUGUGCAUCAGGAGGUUUCUACCCGACUAACUCGGCUGGACAUUAUGAGGAUCAAGGUGUAGAUCUGGAAAUUUCAGCAGGAGAAAUGUUAGUGGCACCAUUUUCAGGCGUCCUGUUCAAGAGUGCUGAUAAACCCAACCAGGUUACUCUGGUAGCUGGUGGCGGGGCCUUCCGAAACAUCAAGAUUUUUAUCGACAACAUUGAGCCCAACCGCACCAUCUCUGAAACUGAGGGAGUGAAUGUGAUAGCUGGUACCAUCAUGGGUACAGUCGGCAGGUCUGCAACCUGCACACCACCCAACUACAUCCACCUGUCUAUGAAGAACUCUAAACCUAACCGCCUGGCAGCCAUUCUAGACGGUGCUCUUGAUGACGAUUCUUCAGCUUCUGAUGAAGCUGCUAAGGAGGGCUAUGUGGACCCUAGUAACUACCUUGCCAAGAGGCCGCUGGCGCUACCCAAAUGGACUCAAGUCUGUGAUGAUUAUAAGUUGGUGUGGAUGGGAAAGACAGUGAAGGAAGGUACUUUACUGGGAGGCGAUAAUGACGGAGAGACGGAUGACACCAGCCCAGAACGCCAACCUCCCCCUGACACUACCACCGAUAGACCUGACCCUAGCAAGAGACCACCAAAGCGUACAUCUUCCCUAGAUGAAGCACUGUCCCAGGGCAACAAACAACAGACACAGGAAAUACUUGGCCUUCCAGUGCCAAAAAUAGGCUCGGGUUCUCCUUUCGAGAACUUCACUCUGCGGAACUUGAAGAUUGGCUCCAUUCUGGCAUUUGCCCGUAAGAUUGGACUGGAGAAAACAGCAGAUGACUUACUGACAGUUGUCAAGACGAUUGUUAAACUAGUGAGUGACAAGCCAUGCGUUCUAGCUGAGUCUUUGUCCAAUGACAUGUUGAGGAUUGAGCUCCAGCAGCGUGGUCUCAGUUCACAGGGAGACAGGAAGACUCUACUCCAGCGAUACAAACAACCUGAAGAUCGCUGCCCCCUUCUACAAGUCUCCUUGCCCAAGAACGUCUACUGUAGGAUAGAUGGAAGCUGCCUGGGUGUGGAGUGCUGUAUGAACGUCAAACUCUUCAUGGUAUCUCUGGCCUUCAAGGCAUUCAUGCGCUUUGAUCCUUGCGAGUUGCAGUUUGUUCUUGGUGUCAACUCUUGGAACUACACCAUUCAAAUCCUGGAUGUUGAAUUUGGCAAAGAAUGGGACAUGCCAGUGCCCUUUGACAUUCCAUUUGUCGAUGAUAUGGAGCUGCAUCUUAGGUACCGCAUUGAGAAGAGCAGGACUCAGCUACUGGUCAGCAUGUCUGUUGGUUUCUGCCCAACGACUGGUGGUGCAGAUUGUUUGCCAUUUAUACAAGUGUUGAAGGAUUCUGCUAUUGCUCUUCCUGUCUGCCAUCCCGAUGGAACCAUCACGUGGCCAGACAUUGACCUGGAGGAGUAUUUCUCUCGCGCUGCCUUGAAGAAUCUACUCAAGGAGACGGGUGAGGAGCUACUGAAGGCAGGCACUGAGGCUACAUGGAAAUAUGUCUUGGAAGAGCUGGGCAUACCCAUGGAAUUAUUGGGUGGUAAAGAGCCAUGUCCAACACCUUCGAGUUUGAGUAAAAUGCAGCUGAUAGCCACACUGGAGGAGAGGCAACUUUCAACCAAUGGAACGAGGAUGGAGAUGGAAGCCAGGCUAUCGCAGGAUGAUAGAACGUGUCAGUUCUUCACGUUGCCGGAGUUCCCCCCAGAGCUGGCAAAAGUGGCCUACUGCUCCCUGAGUGAGAACUGCCUCCGUCUUGACUGCUGUCUGCAACUCGACCUUGAAGACUGGCAUUUCCACCGCUCGUUCAAAGCCUUUGUGGAGAUAGAUGCCUGUGAUUUCACAUUCUACGUCGCCUUUCAGCACUUGCGGUACAAGAAGUUGCUGCUGAGCUAUGAAUGGGGAAAACAAGAACAGCAAACCAUAGGUCCCAUCGCCCUGAAAUACUCCAUCAACAAACUGGACGCGGAGAAGGUGUUUGAGAUUGACUUUGGAGCAUCUAUUUGUGAGAGCGCUGAUGAUUGCGUUUUUGAUGUGGACAUCAUCCAGGACUACAGAGUUCCCGUUCCAUUCUGCAAUUCCAACUUCUCAUUCGCCCUUCCAGGAGGGACCACCUUGAGGGAAUUUAUAAAUCAAGUUGGCCCGAGUGCUGGGCAGCAAGCUGUCAAUAUUCUCCUGGAGUUCAUUGGGCUUAGAGAUAAGAUUAAUGAUGGACCAUGUGACACCACAGCACUGAUAAGACCUGAUGAAGAAGUAUGCACUGAUGUGAGCCUACCACCACUACCCAGUGGAGUGACUUGUGAGUUUUCAGACCGCUGCCUGGGCAUACGAUGUUGCACUGAAUUGGAUCUAGAAAUCACUGUAUUAUCAGUCAACAUGUGGCUGGUUCUAGACCCCUGUGAGUUCACGCUGUCCAUGGGAUUGGGAAAGUGGUCCUUGACAUUCACCAUAUUUGACUACCAUUGGGGUACCCAGGAAGAGCUGAAGAUUGGCAAAGCCUUGACCCUGAUCUACACCAUUGACAAGCUGACUGAGGACAAGGUGUUUGUAUUGGACCUAGCACUUUCCCUGUGCCUCCAAGACUCAGACUGUAACACGCCCUCUAUUGAUAUUCUCAAGAAAACUCGGGUGCCAAUACCACUCUGCAAUGAGAAUUUCACAUUCACACUUCCAGGGGAUGGGACUAUUAAAGGCUUCUUGCAGAUGCUUGGGCAGAACGCUGCUGAAUCAGCAAUUGAUGCUAUUCUUGAACAUCUAGGGCUAUCUGAAUUCAUCAGUCGCAUGCCAUGUGUCCGUCCACAAGUCACACAAGAUGGUUGGCACAGACUUUGCCCCAAGGAUAUCAGACUUCCCCACCUUCCGAGAAACCUGAUCUGUACCAUUCCAGAGAAGUGUCUAGGGUUCGAUUGCUGUCUGGAGCUUCCCAUCCCAGGGAUCAGUCCCAUCAGCACGCAGGUCUCCUUCAUCUUUGAUCCUUGUAACUAUCAGCUGUCAGUCAGUCUAGGCAGCUGGAGUCUGGAUCUGCAAAUCUUGUCCUAUCAGUGGGGUCAGCAGGAAGAGGUCGACAUUGGCAAGGCAGUAACUAUAAGUCUGACCAUUGACAAGUUAGAUUCAGAGGAAUUGUUCCAGAUCAACUUGGACAUCUCCAUCUGCAUCGACGCUGAGUGUACAACCACACCAGUCCUUCAGGAUUCCCUGGUUCCUAUUCCAUUCUGUAAUCUCAGUGCUUCCUUUGAGCUGCCUGGGGAUGGCAGCUUUGCUGGUCUUGCCAGGGAGCUCGGUGGGAAUGUAGGGGAGUUGGCCAUCCAGGCUGGACUCCGAAAACUUGGAAUCGUGCAAUAUGUUAGCAACCAGCAAUGUGACAUGGAGAUACUUGCACCAAGUGAAAACAAAUGUCCACUCUUAAGGCUGCCACCUCCAUCCAGCCUGUUGACGUGUACAGCGGAUGACCGCUGCCUGGGCCUGACAUGUUGUGCCUCCCUUGACCUGAUCUUCACUCAGCUGUCCACCACCGCUUACGCCCUCCUAGACCCCUGUGAAUUCCAGCUGUCCGUCGGGUUGGGGUCCUGGUCUAAGAAUCUGACGCUCUUUGAAUACGACUGGGCAGUGGAUAAGGUGCUGGAUAUCAGUGAUUCUGUGCGUAUAGAAUAUAAUGUUGACAAGCUCAAUGAACAGAAGGAGUUCCUGAUUGACUUGUCAGUAAUCCUGUGCAUAGAUGGCACCUGUCGACCCAUCCACCUGCUGCAGGCAGCUCAUGUACCCAUACCAAUCUGCAAUCCCAAUGCCACCUUCUCCCUGCCUGGGGAUGGUACCAUCUCUGGCUACCUGAAUAGCUUAGGGGGUCAUGUCACCGAUGCAGAUGUAGACUUGGUACUAGACUAUUUAGGUCUCAAGAACUUCCUGUCAAGAGCCACCUGUUCUCUUCCUCCAGCACUCCCGGUUGGUAGUGACAACUUGAAGGUGACUCAGAUCAGCUCCAAGGCCUGGUUGAUCAUUGACCCCUGUGACUAUACGCUGUCUGUCGGGCUAGAGUCGUGGUACUUCAACGUCUCGCUGUUUUCUUACGAGUGGGGAAUGAUCGAAAGUUUCAUGAUUGGCGAUGCCCUGAGUGUCAGGUUUUCCAUUGACAAGCUUGACGCCACCAAGGAGUAUGAAGUAGAUCUGGCCUUCUCUCUCAUCAUUGAUGGCAUCGCUACAGACUUCGCAAUCAUGGCUGACAAGAUAAUCCCAAUACCUUUGUGCAAUGCUAACCUCUCCCUGGCCUUGCCUGGGGAUGGCUCAGUCAAAGGUUUCCUGAAUGAGCUAGGAGACAAUGUGGGACAGGCAGCUAUCCAGCUGGUACUGACUAAACUCAACCUACAGGAUACGAUCAUUGGAACGACAUGCCAGUUGCCUUCACAGAUAACGACAGGCACCCAAUGCCCAUUGAUCUCCCUACCCUUCCUGGAGAAUGUCGUCCAGUGCUCCAUUGACGAUCGCUGCCUUGGCAUCCAAUGCUGCAUCCAUCUUGACUUUGUCAUCACUGAACUCUUGCUGAGUGCAAGAAUUCAAGUUGACCCUUGCAACUUCCAGCUGUAUGUGGCCUUUGAGAACUGGGAACUGAACAUCACUCUCUUCAGCUACACCUGGGGAAAGGUGGAAACGGUAAACAUUGGAAACGCUGUAAUGUUGAGCUAUUGCCUUGAGAAACUCACAGCCAAGAAAGUCUUCUCUGUGACUUUGGGUCUCACGUUGUGCAUUGAUGACACCUGCACCAUGAACCCAGUACUUGACCAUGUCUGGGUUCCUAUACCCUUGUGUAACACUAAUGCUACAUCAUUCACCUUGCCUGGUGAUGGUACAGUGGAGGGAUUCAUACGAGAGCUAGGCGGUCGCAUCGGAAACUCUGCCAUUGAAUUGGUGUUGGAGAAGUUUGGCCUGAGUCAAUAUCUGCAGAGUGUGCCUUGUGACAGGGGAACACCAGGCACCUUGAGGAGUGUGAUUCUCUUUCUUCAAGGCUGUCCAGCCGUUGAUGUCACCCAGCUGCCUGAGUUCCUAUCUUGCACUGUCACUAACUCCUGCCUGGGCAUCCGAUGCUGUCUGGAAAUGGACUUGAUGAUAACAACUCGCAGCGUCAGUGCCUGGGUCAUCCUGGAUCCCUGCAACUUCACCCUGUCUGUGGGCUUUGAGAAGUGGGAACGUAGUAUCACUUUGUUCCACUACCCACUGGGUGAUGUCAUGGAGGAAGUUGUGAAUGGCGUCCUGACAGUAAGAUGGCGAGUGGCUAAGAUCACCAAAGACAAGCAGUUUGAGAUAGACUUGUCCCUAGUUCUCUGUGUAGAUGGAGCAUGUGACACCUUGACAGUGUUUGCUGGCAGUCGCCUUCCAAUACCGCUGUGUAACACCCGAGAUACAUUCACUCUACCGGGUGACGGUUCAGUGUCAGGCUUUUUGAGUUACCUUGGUGGUAAUGUCGGUCAGUUUGCCAUAGAUGCAGCCCUACGUCAUCUUCAUCUGACUGGCUUCCUCACAGGAAAGGCAUGCAGCUAUCAUACACAGGAUGUCUGUGCCAGCUCCACUAGUAUCCUAGGCAACUGCACUGUGAUUGGUGAGACCUGCACGGAGUUACGAUGCUGCCUGGACCUGGACCUGAAGAUAGCUGAUGUCUCGGCCACCGCAUGGUUCAAAUUUGACCCUUGUGACUUCACUUUCUCGUUGGGUCUGGAGAAGUGGUCCUUUCAUGGCUCUGUCUUUAGUUAUCAGUGGGGAAAAGAGAUGACAGUCACAAUUGCUUCAGGAUUGAAUCUGAGAUACUCUAUCAAAAAGAAGAAUGAUACUCAUGAGUUUGAGAUGAGCAUGAUGGUAGAAUAUUGCAUUGAUGGACUGUGCACUGACAUCGACAUACAGCAUUACAUUCCAAUCCCUGUAUGCAACCCACACUUCAGCAAUUACAAUCUAUCCGUGGACGGUUUCAUAGAGACAGUAUCAGGACAGGUCAUCCAGGGAGCAUCGCUAGCCCUUCUAUCACAGCUUGGAAUCGACCCAGACUUCUUCAGGAGUCAACCGUGUCGCAACCCUGUGGGGCCUCAGUCUUAUGGCAAUUGUCCUGGUAUGCAGUUUCCCAGUAACCUGACCCCUUUGGCUCACUGUGGCAUCCUCAGCACUUGCUUUGGCAUACAGUGCUGCCUGGAUGUGAAUCUUGGACCACUACAUCAUUCAUUCAGUACCUCUAUGGUGAUAGAUCCAUGCCUGGGCCAGCUGACGCUACAAUUUGGCAACUGGCAGUACAGUAAAUCCCUCUCACACCUGGAUUUUGAUACAAGUCAGGAGAUCACUAUCGGAAACUUUGUCAUGCUCAGGUACACCUUGGAGCUCAUGGAUGGUGAGAUAUCAAUGAGUCUGUCCAUAGAUGCAUGCAUCAAUGGUCAUUGUACAGGACAACUCAUGAUCUUAGAUGGUGCAGUAUCUCCUCUUCCUAUGUGCUUCCCCAACGGAACCAUCUCCUGGAACAAUUUACCAGGUAUAACCUCAAUCUCUCAGCUAGCAAGCUUAGAUGCUGGAUUUGAGGCUGUGGCUCAGGCUCUUGGCUUACCAUCUCGUCUAGUCUCGGCCUCACCUUGCCCACCUGUGAUUCAGCCUAGUCAGUCUGGAGUGUGUCCACACCUCCCCUCUUUGCCCACACUUCAAUCAGGGGGUGUAUGUCACUAUUCAGAUGCCUGCCUAGGGGUGGAGUGCUGUCUAGCAGUAGACCUCGGCAUCAUCAGUCGUACCCUGAGGGCCUGGCUGAUUGUAGACCCCUGUGAUUUCAAACUGAGCGUUGGAUUUGAGAACUGGAGUUACAAUGUCACCCUUUUAAGUUACAAGUGGGGCAAAGUGACAAGGGAAAGACUGAGUGAUGCCGUCUUGCUCACCUUCACAAUCGACAAGACCACAGACAACCGAAACUUCCUCCUCUCCUUCUCUCUGCAACUCUGCAUCGCUGGAGGCUGUGCUCCUGAUAUUGUCAUCCUUCAGGACUUCACUUCACCGAUACCAUUCUGUAAUCCCAACGGCACUUUGGAGUGGGCUCAAGACUUGGGUGAUAUUGGGGAUUAUGCUAGUGGCCUUGUGGUGAACCGUCUAAGUGUCAGCGCUGAUGUUCUCCUACCUCAACCAUGCAGUGGUCCACCAGAACAAAUCACACCAGCAACCACAGGCUGCAGUUUCCUUGCCGUACCAUCAGCUGUCGCACCAUUCUGUUCCCUGGAUCAGUCCUGUCUUGGGGUUGGUUGUUGCUUGAACUUUGACCUGGGCAUAGUUCAGAGGUCAUUUUCUGUCUGGGUCAAGCUGGAUCCCUGUGCUCGCACUUUCUCAUUUGGAUUUGAGAAAUGGAGUCAUGUUGAGACGAUUGCCAUACAAGUACUGCAGACUCAUUCCUUUGAGAAAAACUUGGGAGUUCUGAAAAUCAGGUAUGAUGUAGAGCGGCCCCACAGUACUAUCUAUGACGUGGAUCUGGACAUCAGCUUGUGUUGGCAGGGUGUGUGUGAUGAACCCAUCGUCAUUCUCAGAGAUGUGAUGUUCUCAGAAUCUGAGUGUGCUGUUCAAGGAGGAGGCAGCAGCUCGAGGAGGAAGAGAAGAAGUGCGGACGACCUUGAAUCUGCUGAGGGAAUAGACAGCAUGGAAGACCUGUCAGCUAAUCUUAUAGACAAGGCCAGGGCCUACUUUAAGACCAUUCUUAGUGAAGGUUCCACCUCAUAUUCAGCGGAGGAUAACGCCAUGACUAAGCUGCAGCCAGAGAAAGCCGUCAAGCCCAGGAUUGCUGAAUCAGGGACAGCAAGCCGUCGCUCCAUGGGUCUUCUCAUCUUUGGUGAUGAAGAUGAAACUCCAGUUACCAGGAGAAGAAGAAGGGACCUGUCACUCUCAGUGACUACAGGAGGAGCUAGUUUGUUUGAUCUUAGUCUUAGUCCUGGCGCUGACUCGGGCACGUGGCAGGGAGAUGUCAUUAUUGGGGGAGGAUUAACACAGAAAGGUUUGGAUGCUCUUUGUGGACGUAUUGCCAACAUGACCAUAGGGGAGUUAGAAGCAAUGCUGGAUCUUCAGAAUAUCGACCCAUUGACUGUGGUUCAGUUGAUGAAGGAACUACGUGCUCUCUUCAGAACAUUUAUUGAGGAGUUCAUCGAUGUUAUCCUCAACGGCAAGGCAGAUGACAACUUUAAGCAGUUCGAUGUCAUCCUGAGUGGGACGAUUCAUUUCCCGAGAAUACAUGCCACGUUUUUAAAAGCGAGAUGGGGCAUGCUGGUCGGUGGAUUUAUCUACCUAGAAUUUACCAUUGAAGCAGGAGGAUUCUUUGACAUGGAGAUACCACUGUCUGUUGCCCUUGUGUCCAUGAAAGCACAGGCUGGCAUAACACCUAUGGUAGGUGCAUAUGCACGUGCUAGCGUUUCUAUUGGAUUCAUCCUGCAUGGUGAGUUGGAACUGACUGCUUAUAUUCUACACACUAGCUUCCCGACUGUAGCUGAGAUUCUCUUCUCCAAGUUCCCACUGGAUGUUGGAUUAAAGAUGGAUAUUGAAAUGAUUCCUCUGAUCAUUCGGCUGAGAGCUUUGGUGACGUUGAAGAUCCCUUUCUUUGGAAGAAAAACUCUGUUCAAGAAGGACAUAUGGCGCUACCAAACUCCUGCUAUACACAGUAAUAUAUUUGCUAUUCACACCAAGCAGCCUGAUACAUCCCCUCCGGAGAUUGAAGCAUACUCAACACCAGACACCUCUGGAUCCACUAGGUGGAGUGCAGCAGGCACAAACUUGUGUGGUGUUGAGCAGGUUCCUGGACUAGACUACACAGAGCCAGCCUUCCAGCUGGAGAUGGUAGCAGCUGAUGACAAGAGCUUGGUGACGUUCUUCUAUCAGGUUGGGACAGCACCUGGAGGAAGUGAUGUGGUCUCCAAGACAGAGUUUGGUGGACCCUCAGCUAUCAUUUCACAAAUUCUUCUAGGAGGACAUCCUCUUUACUUCACUGUUUAUGCUAUGAACAAUGGUGGAGGCACUUCCACAGCUACCUGCAGCCUCCCGACCUUUGACAUCACCUUGCCGACAGGUCGCAUCACGCCAGACUUCACCUCCACCAGUCACCCGUACAUUCUCCGUGCAUCGGCCGUGGUGUAUGAUGAUUCCGUCCUCUUGAUGCAGAAGGAAGGGGUCGGGUUCGGCCCUGAAAUCUGGGGCGAUCAGAUUGUAUCAUGGAAUACCAUAAAUAUCACCGAGAGGCCGAACCUUGGCGAUUCAAUCAAUGACUUUCACUACUUCACCGCUGCCAAGAAAGGCCGCCUCAUCUCCAAGCCAACAUCGAUCAUCAUCCAUCGCAAUCCCAACUUCUGUGCGCGGGACUGCCUGGCCCUCCCAGAAAUCAAAUGUCUGAGUAUCAACUACGACUAUCAAGACUUCACCUGUGAACUGCUGGAGGAGAUUGAGGGUCAUGGGGUCGAAGUUCAUGAGUCUGGACUCUUCACCCAUUAUGAGCGGCUUGGUGUGGGCCACGCUGUAGAGUUCAAUCAUGAAUCACUCCAACUCGUCCACAACAACCUCUACUACUUCAACAUAGAGCUCCUGAACUACGUGGCGUAUGAGAACAUCAUUUCAUCCGUCGGUAUCAUAGCGGACUUCACGACACCAGAACCAGGGCUGAUCGUGAAUGGGACCAGGGAUGAAGUGGUGCGUGAAGCGUGUGUGGAGUUCACACCAGAGGAAUGGGAGAGACGAUGCAUUGAAGACACACCGCUCAUGAACCACCGCUAUAUUACAGAUGGUCCUGGUUCUAUGACAGUGUUUAAUGGCCAUGAGGAACUUGUUGACAUGCUGUAUACAAGAAGCAAUACCUUCAUGGCAGCCAACUGGGAAGGUAUCCAUGACAAUGAGACUGGUAUCCAUGGCUACACCUGGUCCAUUGGUAACGCUGUCUGUGAUGAUGAUGUCAGCAUGCAUAUUGAUCCUCAUGCUCAUCUGUUUGAUGAGUCUGAGUGGACUCAUCAGGGUCUUGUUGUCAAUGUCAAUCUGCCAGAUGGUGCGUAUUACAUCACUGUACGUGCUCUCAACAAGGUAGAGUUUGGCGGUCCUAUGGCACUCACUGUGUGUCACAGCACCCCUCUGAUUAUUGACAAUACUCCGCCCAUCAUUUACAGCAUCGAUGACAUUACCUAUGACUCGUCCAGUGGUGUAAUUGGAUUGAAGGUCAAUGCAACCGAUCCUGAGUCCAAUCUGGUGGAGUAUCACCUAGCAGCAGGCAGGACACCCAGGGAUAAAUCACUGCGUGAUUGGGAGGCUCAUGUCUUGGCUGAACAGCUCUACAUGGACUUCAAGAUACCCAAUGGCAUACCCUGCUGGGUUAAAGUCAGAGCAGUCAACAAUGUUGACCUACGCACCAUAGUCCAUGCUGAUGAGCCAAUUCUCGUAGACGACACUCCGCCAGUCGCAGGAGACUUGUUUGAUGGACCCUACGCCGGUGAAGAUCUCGUGUUCACCAAAGACAGAAAUGAGAUUUGUGCCAAUUGGCACAACUGGUUUGACCCUGAGUCUGGGAUCUUCUUCUACCUAUGGGCGGUGGGGACCCAGCCUGGCCUGACUAACGUGAUUGACUUUGUGAAAGUGUCUCGUCAAGAACACGGCGCCUGCUCUGGCUACGUGACCUUACAGCACGGGGAGAUGUACUACUCAACACUUACAGCCUUCCAUGGUGGAUAUGAUAAACUCAACGUGUCGGCUUCAUCAGAUGGAGUGUCUGUGGAUCUGACUCCCCCGAUACAAGGUAGUGUCUAUGAUGGCUUACUACAGGGACCUACAGAUCUAGACUUCUCCUCAAAGCCAGCUACGGUGGAGGCUCAGUGGCAAGGAUUCUCAGAUCCUGAGUCUGGUAUCGAAGACUACCAGGUUACAGUCUAUCGCAAGCGUGAUGACAGUACAAAUCACACAAAUGAGUUCGAGGUCAUCCAUGAGACAGAGGCAGUGGGAAGUGAGACAGCCUCCAUUGAGUGGCAUCACUUCCAUCUGUAUCACAAGGACCAGGUCUAUGUCAACCUACGCACCAUCAACCAGGCACUGAAUCACAUUGAUACUCCGACAAAUGGGUUCUUGAUAGACCUGUCACCUCCAAUACUGAGAACACUAGGAGAUGGGCUGGUGAUGGGUCAAGAUGCUGACUUCCAGUCGCAUUCUGACCAUCUUGCUGUACAUUGGGACUACUUUGAUGAUGAGUCUGGCAUCGAGUCCUUUGAGUUGGCAAUCUAUGAGAUGAAAGAAGGAAACAAACACAAGAUCUUUCCAUUGGAUAAAAACCCGAAUAGCUUUGAACUGAUUACUGACAUCACGGCUCAAUCCCAUGUACAAGAUGGGCUGACACUGCAACCAGGGGCCCUGUAUGUGACGCGAGUCAAGGCCAGGAACCAGGCCAAACUAGUUGCUUCUCAUGAAACCAGUGGUAUCAAGGUGGACCCUAGCCCUCCUUUGAUGAGAUAUGUCCGUGGAGGCAAUCUGGAUGGAGAAGUGGAAGAAGUCAUCAAUGGAUAUUUGUAUCAGAACAGUCUCAGCACUAUCCAAGCCUCCUGGCUGGCUGUCGAUGGACAGAGUGGCAUCAAGAGCUACUGGGUGGCAGUGGGAACUGCUCCAAAUUUUGAAGAUAUCCAAACUUUCUCCUCCCUGGGCCCAAAGAGCGAGGGUAUCCUAUCAGACCUGAAUCUGCAAUUGACCAACAUAUCAACAUGCAGUGAAGAGGUAUUCACUGUGGAUUGUCAGCCCGUCUACUACGUGUGUGUCAAGAGUCAGAAUGGUGCAGGAGCAUUCAGUGACGUCAUUUGCUCCUCACCAAUCAGAGUGGUGGAGGAAGAUCAGACAGGUUAUGUAACUGAUGGCCCACGUAUGGUACAGGAUGUAGAUGCACAACAAGAGAAAACAACAGUCUCCAUCUGGUUUGAUGACUUUGAGAGCAAAUUGCAUGGCAUCUCUCACUAUGAAUGGGCAGUGGGUACAUCGCCUGGGGGUGAGGACAUCCAACCUAUGACCUCUGAUGGGAUAGUGCCUGAAAAUGAUGACGAUGUGCAAGGAUUGGCAGGUAAAGGCAAGGCCCAGUCCCCUCUGCCCCUCCAGCAUGGAGUGUCUUACUACAGCACACUACGAGCCAUCACCAAUGCAGACAAUGUCUUAGAAUCCACCUCCAAUGGCUUCACAGUGGACAUCACUCCACCAGAGAUUAUGAUCACCGACCUGGGCCUGUAUGAUGCAAGUUUGGACCUGAGUUUAGACGGUGGACUUCACCUGUAUCAGUCUAACACAGACUCCAUCGAUGCCAUGUGGGAUGUGAAUGAAGGAGAAAGUGACAUCAUGACUACUUAUUUCUCCAUGGGUCGGUACCCUGGGAAUGAAGAUGUCUUCCCUGUGACUGCAACUAAUAAAUCCUACAUUCCAUCAGCGCUGAUGACUCCUGCUGACCUAGGAGUGCCCAAUAUUUUGAGAGUUCAAGCAGUCAACAGUGUUGGGUUACGGAGAACUAUCUAUGCCACCAGCUUGACCGUAGAUAAUACUCCACCUACUGUUGGACAGGUUCAGUGUCCUGCCUUCAUCCAUGCCAAUAGCGCCCUCUUGUGUAGUUGGACUGGUUUCUUGGAUGCUGAGUCUGGCAUUGAUCAUGUGGUUUUUCUGGUUGGGACAUCUCAGGGACAAAAUGACGUGUUUCAGUCUGAUGAUCUGCCUGGCUACCUCACUCACUACAGUGUUACAGCAAAUCUGAAUCUGAUUCACAACAAAGUCUACUAUGUCACUGUGGAGGCCUUCAACGCUGUCAACCAAAGCACGAUGGCAUUCUCUGGUCCUAUUGAGAUUGACGAUACACCUCCAGCAUACGGCCUUGUAGUGGAGCUAUCGGGUGUGCAUAGCUUCAACUUCAGUGAUCCUAUCGAGCUGCCAGAAUGGGAGUGCACAAACGAUGAGGAAUGCUUGAGCUUGGACGGGGAGUGUCUGGAAUCGCUUACCCAAAUGCAGAUCCUAUGGCAGCCGUUUACUGACGAAGACACUCAGAUCACAAAGUAUGAGGUUGCCCUUGGCACCACACCAGGAAGGUCUCAGAUCAAACCUUUCUAUGAGGUGUCCAAGGACCAGACCUCAGAGCUUAUUACCAACAUUGAUCUGAGCAGUGUCCGUAGAGUCUUUGCCACAGUUAGAGGCUACAAUGAAGCCGGCCUGACCAGCACUGCAGUAUCCAAUGGCAUCUAUGUCAGCCGGUUCAGUGCUGGACUUCCACCACUCAGACCAUUCCAGGUGAAAGAUGGAGUCACCGAUGUAGACUUGGAAGACUCAGACUUCCAGACCUCACUGAAUGAGAUGAGUGCAUCCUGGGAUUUCAGCGGGGAUCCAUGUCCGAUGAGGAAGUAUGAAUGGGCCAUCUUCAGAAUUGAUGGACAAGAGAUUCAACCAUUUACCAAUGUUCAAGAGCGAACCUCAGACACCAACACAGACAUUCGAAUGACAGAUGGUGAGACCUACAACACCCUGGUGCGGGCUACUAAUGCCCUGGGCCUGGCUGUCACAGUCAGAUCUGAUGGAAUCACCGUCAAGCGUGAUCCCUUGAUACCCGGCCAGGUCUAUGAUGGCCUCCUAGUGGGCUUUGAUCUGACUUACCAGAAGGAGACUGAUAGGAUAUCAGCAAGUUGGAAGGGCUUUGGACAAGGGAUGCCGAUAAAAGAAACUGUCCAUCACACAGGAAAUGCUGAAGUCAACAAAGACCACAUCACAGAGCAAACUGUGGAUUACUACGAGGCCGCAGUUGGAACUGACCGUCGCUACCCUAAGACCAGAGACAACGUGGUGCCCUUCACUUAUGUUGGACAAAACACAACAGUCACUUUCACUAACCUCAACCUCAAGGCACGAGACUCAACAUAUUACGUUACAGUCAGGGGAUAUAGUGCUAGCCUUGCCACAGCUGAGGUGACAUCAACAGGGAUCAAUGUUGGUAUAGACAGCACAGUGCUUGGAAGUGAGGUGGAAGUCCCAGAGUAUGUAAACUCUGUCUCUGAGGUGCAACUCAUGUGGGCUAAAUUUCAAUCCACCUUCCCCAUCCUGCUGUACUACGUUGGUCUGGGUGAACCAUCCACUUCCUCCAUCCCACCUGAAGAUAUGGAAUGCCUGGAUAUGCUGUUGGGGACAACGCAGGCCCUAACUACAUUCCAUGAGAGGUCGAUGCAUUUUGUUGGCAAAGACACCUUUGUGGAGGUCAAGGGCUUGAAUCUGACGCAGGAAGGAUCCUAUUUUGUCACUGUUGUGGGAAUGAACGAAGGAGGACAGUGUAAUGCCUCCACUAGCUACUUCUCUGUGGAUAUCACACCACCUAUUGAGGGUAGGCUGCGUGUUGGACUUUUCUAUGACAUGCCUGUUGCCUAUACUGACAGCACCGAGUCUGUCUCUGUAGUGUGGGAGGAUUACAGAGAUGAUGAGAGUGGAAUCAAAUCCUACAACCUCCGCCUUGUGCAAGCUGCAUCAUGUAAUGAGGACGAGGAUAACCUUACUGUGGUAGCCAACCAAGACUGGCUGAUACUCGGCCCAGGCAUUAACAAUUUCACAUUCGUGGACUUGAACCUGAUUACAAACCAGCCCUAUUUUGUUCAGCUGUCGGUAGUUAACCAUGCAGGAGACAGUGUUCUAUCCCAAGUAGGACCUGUCUUUGUUGACUCGUCUGAGCCGACAGCAGGACUGGUAGUUGAUGGAAUGGACUUCAAGAUGGACAUAACAGACAGCGCAUACAGAAGCCAAGUUACUGGCACAAUCCUACACUUGCCCAACCCAGAGGGCCCACCCUGUCCACUGAGAGACAUUCCCUUCACUGAUCCACGGUGGUCAGCGAUGGACUUCAAGGGACUCUGGAACAUGAAGAGGGAGAAGUGGGACCUGGAGUAUCAGUCACAGCAGGUACUUGCAUCUGAUGAGAGUGUGAUGCUGAUUAUGGAGAGAGAUACAAGAGGGCCUCGUAUGCUGUCUGGAGCCUACGUCACCAAUGCACUGAUUGUAAGGAGCUCAGAAUAUGAGUUUGACUUGAAAGCUGCCUCACCUGACCUGCACAGUGUGACCAGCGUUCUAUUCUGGGAUGGCCCGGAUGGAGCAAUAGGGGAAUAUGACUUUGGUGGACGGGAGAACUGGCAAGAAGGGAUCUGUCAGUGCUGUUAUGACCAACCCUUCAACCAAUCUUUGUGUCCCCUGUGUGACUGCCUGGAUUUCUUGGGGACAUCUGAGGACAGCUCAACAUUUGCCAGCACCACAUAUAGAUCACAUGAAACCAAACCACCCAAUGAGUACACAGUCAGUGAAAUGACUGAAGAGGCUGAAGUGACCAAUGUGAAUAGUACUUCACUAACACCGAUGGGCUCCGUCCCAUGGACUAUCCACAAAAAGGACGAAGAUGGGGACAGCGUGUCUGAUGAUGAGAGUGGGAGAUGGAUAACACAGAGAGCUUGCGGCUUCCAACUCUAUCCAAAUGGUAGUGCAUCUCAAGCUGUUCUGUGGUGUCGUUAUUUGGAGGAUCUCUGGCAAAUGACAUCGGAGGUUAUAGAUCUUGACUUUGAUCCAUCAAUAGAGGAGCAUCAUUUUUCAGUCCACAUCAAAGUCGAGCCGUUUGAUGCAGAAGAGGAUGAAUGGUCCUUUGAAGUGUACGUUGAUGGUAAACUCCUCUCUUCACUGACUGGCAUACCAGUCCUGUCCUCAUCUACUAAGCUCAUCCUUCACGUCUUCAAUCGAGACAGCUACAUCGCUGAUCUGCAAGACCCCUUCAAUCCUCCAGCUGUGGCAGCAACACUCAAAAACUUGAGGAUGCCGCCUGAUCAGAGCAAUCUGUGUCGUUACGGAGCACCAUUCAGGGCUGGAACCAGUCCUGUCUCACGCUACUUUGCUGGUGUUGGCUCAGAAGCAGGAGCCACAGAUAUUGUGCCAUUUGAAGAGAUUGCCAGGCCAUGCGUUCCUUGCAUCCAUCCGUGUGAUCGUUACCAGUGUGAUACCUCAUGUUCCCUGGAAGCUGUUCCCAUCACCUUCACAUUGACCAACCUGACUCUGCCAAGACUGGAGCUAUCCAAUACCACCCUUGGCGAUGAUGCGAAUGCAACAAUGCCACCUUCAAACCAAGAUGAGGGAUCACUCCCAUUCUUCCUGACAGUGAAAACUUUCUUAGGAAAUGGGAAAUCAGUGUCAGCAUCCUCCAAUGGUUUCUACGUUGAUGACACUCCAGCACAGCUGGAUCUUUUUUUCUAUUUGGACGUCAUUGUAAACGAGUCUGUGCCAACAUCAUUCCAGUCUUCAGACUCUACCAUCAGGGUGUUCUGGAGUUUCAUUGACAUGGACAGCAUGGUUAAGGAGCAUCUCUGGGCUAUAGGAACAUCCAAAGGCGCAACAGACCUGCAAGACUUUGUCAACGUUGGGUUGAACCAGACAGCUACUAACAGUGGUCUGAAGGGAUUACUGCAUCACAACACUACAUACUAUGUGACUCUGAAUGCUAUCAAUGGAGCAGGCUUGGAAACCAUAGUAGAAUGUGAUGGUGUGACUGUUCUGCUAGAAGAGCCCACUGCAGAUGAUGUCAACACCACCUCCAUGUUUAGUAAGAAGUUUGAGGAGGAUGUUUACCCACCCAAUGUGGAGAAAAGCGAAGACCCAACAAAGACUGGUACCUCCUGGUCCAAACCACAGGAUGAGUCUAUUAAUCACUAUGAAUACUGUGUGAGUAGUUCAGCGUCGCUCCUAGAUGAUGUUGUACCCUGCAUGGCGGUUGGAGGCAACUCCUCCGGUUCAGUGACCAUAGAGGAUGCAAAGAUCAUUGUCCGUGCUGGUGGCAAUAAAGAAAGGUUCAACAUCACUGACUUCAAGGCACCGAAGGACUCUAGCGAGUGGGAAAUGAUUGAAGAAAAUGCCAAGUUUAAUAUGGAACCUGGGAAAUGCCUUUAUGCCUGGAUGAAGAUGUGUAACCCAGCUAUGCUAUGUGUCACAAUACCAGCAGGAACUACUACAGUGUUAGGAGACAGUGAUAUGAUGAUGACAUCACCCAAUGGUACAGACCUUGUUCUGACAUCACCAACAAGCCAGAGAAGGAGGAAGAGGGCCAUAGAUAACCACUUUGAUUUCACUGUGGCUACAAAGGGAGGUCUACACCAGGGUGGCUCACUCAUCCUAGGUCUGCUGGAUGUCAAUAGAACCAACCAGGAAUUCACCUCGGAUGCUGCCAGGGAUUAUAAACCAUACAUCACCAAUCCACUCUACACCAUCCAGUUUACAUCAAGACUGCUCAGACACAGGAUACGUUUCGUGUAUGAACCAACAUUUUAUAUCACAAGUCUUGGUCAGACAGAAGUGCAGGGUCCAUUGGUGAUCAACAUGAGUCUAAGCACACCAAGUAACUGGACAGAGGCAAAACCUAGACUUAUCUACUGGGACAAAGGUCACUCUGAAUGGCAAGAUGCAGCUAAGACAUGCAGUGAUGUGGAUCAAAUUGCAUACCUUGAUGAUGGGAACCAAGUCAGUGUUCAGGUUUGCUCCACACAGGCUCCAGCCUCGUCAUCCUCAGAACCAGGUCGCAAGCGGCGUGCUUUGCAAGAAGAGUCAGUUCCUUCCAACACGACAUACUUCAGCCAUGAGACUCAUUUUGCAUUUGCUGUUGUCUUAGACGCCAUCCCCAAUAACCCACCAGUUAUCACAAACUUGGUAGAAAAUAUGUUCAUGAAUGAGGAUGAAGGAACUCUAUCGUACACAUUCCAGGCCACUGAUCUUGAAGAUGACAUUUUGGUAUUUGAGCUUGGUAGUCACAGUGACAAGCAAGGCACAGCAGUGAUCACAGAGACCGGUGACUUCAGCUAUACACCUUGUACUGAUUGCUACGGUACUUUUACUCUGCAAAUCACUGUAAUGGAGGUACAGACCUUCCAUGAGAUAGAACCUCUAUCUACCACUGUUAAUCUCACCAUUGAAGUCCGACCAGUCAAUGAUAAUCCUGUGUUAUACAGUGCACAUUAUGGCCAAGUUGUUGGCAAUGGACGCAUUGCUUUGUUAACUGUUGAGCAGAACACGGGGUCCAAUGUUGCCUACAAGGAUCUGACUGCUCUGCUAGGAGCAUACGAUGUUGACACCAAUGAUGUACUGACCAUUAUGACCAGGCCCCCGACGUAUGGCACCCUGACACUGACAAGCCAAAUCAAGACUGUGCCGUCCAUUCUGAAUUGCAGUGAGCCCUCUGUAGGCAGUGAAGAGCCAAUCAUUCCUUGUGGGAUUGAGUUGCCCCAUAGUGAGGAGGACUUAAGCUGGACGACAUCCACAUUCACCUAUGCUCCAAACCCUAACUACCAUGGCAGGGAUAGUUUCCUUGUCUUAGCAGAGGACCUGUCCGGAGCCAUGUCUCAGCGACUGGAGGUACAGAUUGCUGUGCUGGUCAACCCUUGCAUCCAUGAGGGGGUCUGCAGAGGACCUGUUGAGGAUCCUGAUUGUACCUCCCCUGCACGUAGCAGUGGGUUCGAAUCCUACUCCUGCCACUGUCAGCCCGGCUGGGUUGGUGACAUCUGCGAGAUUGAUUAUGAUGAGUGCCAGUCCACGCCGUGUGCAUACCCAUACGUCUGCUAUGAUCGCCUCAAUGGAUUUGAAUGUGCUUGUCCAUUGUCUGAUCCACUGUGCGAUGACCUUGACUGGAGAGUCAAAGUUAUAAUAGCUGUGGUAAGCUGUCUGGUUGGUUUGUUCAUCGUUGCUGCUGUGGUCUUCUACUUGUACAAGAAAAAGCACAGCAAAAAAUUACAAAUCCAUCUAUUACCGGAUCCAGAUGAUGAUCAACUGGUGUCAUACAUAAGUGGCAACACUCUGCAAGCCUUUGACAAUCCUGUGUUUGAAGAUGACAGUGGAGAUCAGACAGAUUCUGACGAGAAGGACGAGAACCAGGCUAGCCACAGCCAUCCGGAUGACUCCUCAACAGGAAGACCGCCCUCUGCUUUCUCAACCCGUUCGAAAAGCUCCUCUUCAUCAGGCCUCAAGAAAGACAGGCCCUGGUCGGGUCUUGUGCGUUCUAAUGCUGUUGCAGAUGCUUGGCCUGCAGUGGCUGAUGCUGUCUUCGUGGGUGGUAAAUCAUGUGAUGAACCUCCCCCUGCCAGUCCAACAGUGAGCCCUGCCAAUGCUGAGAUGUGGGCACAGUCAACCAUGCACGUGCAGAAGGAUAUUGAUAUUAAAGAUCCAGGGCAGAUGCUGAUGAUCCAGAAGAGGACUCCGCCAUCUACCACAGAGGAAACCCCUAACUGCGUGACUGAGCUUACAGGAUCCCUUGUGAGAUUCACUGAUGAUGAACAACUUCAUGACGUCAACGAAACAGUGGUGUAA